CUGGGAACAAAGUUCAGCGCACACACAAGUUUCAGCAGCGCUUCUCCGCUCAGGAGUUCACACAGAAACUCUGAUCCACUACUAUCACUAUUAUCACUACUAUCACUACUACUGACCCACCGCUGCGGGAUUACAGCCUCAACUCUCCGGAUUAAUCACACUUUCAGACCGGAGCACAUUCUGAUCCUCCUCCUCAAACAGUGAGGAAAAGCGCUGAAUGCAGAAGUGGAGCGCAGACGUGGAGGAGGAGGAGGGAGCGCUCAGUACUCAGUGAGCUCUGGAGCUCUGGAAAUGGCCUCAAACCCACCCGAACACGCUUAAAAUGACUCAGUGAGAUCUCACACUCCCGCUUCAGCUGCUGCUCCUCUAACGCUGCUGACCUGUUGAGUCGCAUGGGAGACUCUGACUGAGACUCGGCAGCAGCACUGAAGGAUUUUACCCUGAAGACUUACCUUGGAAAGUGAUCAGAAAAUCUGCUGCUUGGGAAGAUGGCUAAUUUAGGAUCACCUGUUGAUGCAGCGGAGGGCGGGGUCAACAAUGAGUUUAGUGACAUUAUCAGGUGGCGAUCAGAUGAACAUGAUGCAGUACAGAAGAAGACCUUCACCAAGUGGCUCAACGCACAGUUCUCCAAGACGGGGAAAACACCCAUUAAGGACAUGUUCUCUGACCUUAGAGACGGGAAGAAGCUUCUGGACCUGCUGGAGGGCCUCACAGGCACAACCCUGACCAAAGAGCGUGGCUCCACCAGAGUCCACGCCCUCAACAACGUCAACAAAGUUCUCCAAGUGCUGCAUCAGAAUAACGUGGAGCUGGUGAACAUAGGUGGGACAGAUAUUGUGGAUGGGAAUCAUAAACUGACGCUGGGGCUCAUCUGGAGCAUCAUCCUGCACUGGCAGGUUAAGGACAUCAUGAAGGCUGUGAUGUCCAGUCUGCAGCAGACCAACAGUGAGAAGACUCUGCUGAGCUGGGUCAGACACUGCACUCGUAAUCAUGACAGUGUCAAUGUGCUCAACUUCACCACCAGCUGGGCAGAUGGGCUGGCCUUCAACGCUAUAUUACACCACUUCAGGCCUCAUGGAUUCAGCUGGGAGAAAAUACUGGCUAUGUCCCCAGUGCAGAGACUGGACCAUGCCUUCACCUUUGCCAAGAAUGAGCUCAACAUAGAGAAGCUGCUGGACCCUGAAGAUGUGGCUGUUCAGCUGCCUGAUAAAAAGUCCAUCCUCAUGUACGUGACGUCACUGUUUGCUGUUCUGCCUAACGAUGUCACCAUGGAUGAUAUUAGAGAAGUGGAGACGCUGCCCAGGAAGUACAAGGUGGAUGAAAGCCAGCCUCUGAGCUCACAGGCUCUGCCAGGGAUGGUUGGUGACGCAGAGGAGGUGGGCAGCACCCCCAGCACAGUGACUGAGGUGGAGAUGGAAGGAGGAGACGAGAUGGAUCUGGAAUCGUAUCAGGUCACGCUGGAGGAGGUUCUGACCUGGCUGCUCUCUGCUGAGGAUGCACUUCACAUCCAGGAUGAAGUGUCUGACGAUGUGGAGGAGGUUAAGGAUCAGUUCCACACGCAUGAGGCAUUCAUGAUGGAGCUGACCGCGCACCAGAGCAGUGUGGGUAACGUGCUACAGGCAGGAAACCAGCUGAUCGCCCAGGGCAACCUGAGUGAGGACGAAGAGGAGGAGAUCCGACUUCAGAUGGGCCUCCUCAACUCACGCUGGGAGAACCUCAGAGUGGCCAGCAUGGACCGCCAGGCCAGACUGCAUGAAGUUCUCAUGGACCUCCAGCAGCAGCAACUCCAGCAGCUCUCCGAUUGGCUGCUGCAGACUGAGGGGCGGAUCCGUAAAAUGGAGACAGAGCUGAUGGCAGGAGAUAUGGAGGGAUAUCUGUCCCAAAUAGAGCAGCACAAAGUGCUGCAGAAUGACCUGGAGGCUGAACAGGUGAAGGUGAAUUCUCUGACUCACAUGGUGGUGGUUGUGGAUGAGAACAGUGGAGAGAGCGCCACCGCUGCCCUGGAGGACCAACUGCAGUCUCUUGGAGAGCGCUGGGCUGCUGUUUGCCGUUGGACUGAGGAACGCUGGAGUAAGCUAGAGGAGAUCCUGCUGGUGUGGCAGCAGCUACUGGACGACCAGAACUUGUUCAGAUCAUGGCUCAUGGAGAAAGAGAACGCUCUGAGUGAAGUCCAGACCUGCGAUUUCAAAGACCCCAGUGAACUAAACACUAACGUUCGCAGAUUAGCGAACCUGAAGGAGGACAUGGCUCAGAAGCGUCGGGUGCUGGGUGCUCUGACUGAAGCAGGUCAGGACGUAACCAUGCUGCUGAAGAACCCGGAAUCCGGACAGCGUAUCGAGACCGACACAGAGGAGCUGACCCAGCGCUGGGACAACCUGGUGCAGAGACUGGAGGACUGCUCCAACCAGGUUACCCUGGCGGUGACUGUCGCCGGGAUGCCUCAGGUGCAGGAGCGGGUCGUCAUGGAGACCGUCAGCACAGUGGUGGAGCGCUUUGAGCACACGGUGACCAGCAGUGACCGUGAACUCCCACCGCCAGCCCCGCCGAAAAGGCGGCACCUCGACACCGACACGGAACUGAGCAAACUUGUGGACACUGAAAUUCCUGAGCUCCUGUCCUGGCUGGCUACAUGGAAGAAUUCAGCACAAGCACUAAGUUCAGGAGAACCACCUGACCUAAAGACCAAACUUCAGGUCCUGAAUGAGGAACUGAGAGACAAACAACAGCAAGUAAAGGAAGUGAUUGACAGAGGAGAAAGGCUGACAGAACAGUUAGAAAAAGAAGGUCUUUUAUCUGCUCAGUCCAGUUCUGCUGUUGGUUCUGUUCGGUCUGAAUGGGAGAUCUGUCAGAAGCUGCUGAAGGCUCUGCAGGAGCAUGCUGUGCUAUUGGAGAAAGUUGCUGGGCUCUCCUUUGAGCUGCAGGUUCUGGAUCAUGCUGUGGUCGAUGCCGAGACCUGGCUGAGCCGCACGGCCGGGCUCCAGGCCAAAGCUGACCAGCCGGCUCUGCACGCGCUCCGAGACGACGGCCAGGCUCAGUUGGCAGGGCUGCUUGCUCUGAGUCCUCGUCUUGAGGACCUCAGUACCAAGGCUGCAUCUCUAACCGUGGACUCCAGCACCUUUAGCACCUUCAAAACCAGGCUAGCCGCUCUGGCACCGCGCCAUAAACAGGCCAUUCAGCAGCUGAAGACGAGGGAGCAGGAGAUCAGUGCAGCUGUGAUCCGGCUGCAGCAGGAGGAGAAGCGGAGUGAUAUUCGGGCGGAGCUGGAGGCCAGACUCACAGAUCUAACAUCCAACAUCACUGAUACACCCACCACAGAGGAGGCUGUGGAAAAAGCUCAGGUUCUCUGUGCAGAAAUAGAGCAGCAGCAGCAGACUGUAUCCAAUCCGGCUGAGUUACAGCGCUGGACUCAGCUCUCCAUCUCUGCAGCUGACCAGCUUGGCAUGCUCCAGUGCAUUCUGGGUAGCAUGAAGGAUACACAGGUCCAGAGUCAGGAGGUGACUCGAUGGCUGGACGCUGUGGAGGAGCUUUUAUCCAGGGACUCUGGAUCACUCAGCCAGAGCAGAAAGCUACAGGAAGAACUUAACCAGUACAAGGAAUGUAUGGGAGAGAUGGAGACGGUGGAGUCUUCUUUGAAACAAAUGGGAGAAAACGUUGCAGCGGUGCAGCAGAGUGCAGUAUCAGGACUGGCCACGUGGGGGCAGGAGGAGCUCGAUGGGAGACAGAAACGUUGGGAGACGCUCAGCAAAGAGUUGCUGAAGCAGCAGGAGCAGGUGAGUGAAAGUCAGGAGAGAGCGCUGAACCUGAGGAAGGACCUGGUGGAGAUGCGAGAGUGGAUGACGCAGGUGGAUGAGGAGUUCCUCAUGAGAGAUUUUGAGUACAAGAGCCCGGAGGAACUGGAGGAGGCUCUGCAAGAGAUGAAGAGGGCUAAAGAGGAUGUGCUACAGAAGGAGGUGCGAGUGAAGAUUUUGAAGGACAGUAUUAAUGUGUUAAUGAGUAAAGCGCCCCCUGGUGGUCAGGACCUGAGCGGUGAGCUGACUGAGGUGCUGAAGAACUACCACAAACUGUGUGAUCGCUUCAAGAGCAAGUGCCACACACUCGAGGAGGUGUGGUCGUGCUGGAUUGAGCUUCUGCAGUAUCUAGAUGUGGAGUCUGGCUGGUUGAACAGUCUGGAGGAGAACUUGCAGGCUGCGGAGAACCUGCCGGAGAACACUGAAGCUGUCAACCAGGCACUGGAGUCUCUAGAGUCUGUUCUGCGUCACCCGGGUGAUAACAGGACUCAGAUCAGAGAACUUGGUCAGACUUUGAUUGACGGUGGGAUUCUGGACGAGCUCAUCAGUGAAAAACUGGAAAACUUUAACUCUCGCUAUGAUGAGCUCAGCCAACAGGCCGUGGCACGUCAGAUGGCUCUGGAGCAGAAGCUGGCUGCUCUGAGGGAGAAUGAAUCAGCGUUACAGGGACUGCAGGAAUCCCUCACUCAGCUCGACCAAACACUGACCUCCUACCUUACUGACCGCAUCGAUGCCUUUCAGCUGCCCGAGGAAGCUCAGGCCAUCCAGGCUGAGAUUACAGCUCAUGAGGCCUCUUUCGAGGAUCUGCGGAAAAGAAACGUGGCCAGUGUUCCUGCAGCAGCUCCUGAAGGAAAACCAGCACGUGGUGGCACCAUGCUGGAUCAACUGCAGAGGAAGCUGCGGGAGAUCAACACCAAGUUCCAGCUGUUCCAGAAGCCCGCCAACUUUGAGCAGCGAAUGCUGGACUGUAAGAGAGUUCUGGAGAACGCCCGGGCCGAGCUGCACGUGCUGGACCUCACUGACACACAGCCUGAGGAGAUCCAGACUCAUCUCUCUGGCUGCAUGAAGCUGUAUAAGAUGCUGAGUGAAGUGAAGCUGGAGGUGGAGACAGUGAUCAAAACCGGCCGACAGAUCGUACAGAAGCAGCAGACGGAGAACCCGAAAAGCAUGGACGAACAGCUAACUGCCCUGAAACUGCUGUACAACGAACUGGGAGCACAGGUAACUGAGGGUAAACAGGAGCUGGAGAAGGCUCUUGCUCUGUCUCAGAAACUGCACAAAGACAGCGCCGCCCUGCAGGUCUGGAUGAACUCCACUCAAACACAGCUGGAGCAGAAGAUCAACACUGGGGACAUGCCUGCUGAUAUAGACGCAGAGAUAGCCUGGACAAAUGGCUUAUUAAAGGAAAGUGACAGCAAGAAAGCAGAUCUGUCUAAAGUGAUGGAGAACAGCGGCGCCCUGCAGGCUCUGGUGGAGGGCAGCGAGUCGCAGCUGGAGGACCAGCUCUUCGUUCUGAACGAGGGAUGGGAACGAGUGCGAACUCUCACAGAGGACUGGCUCAGUGCUGUGCUGAAUCAUCAGAGUGAAGUGGAGAUGUUUGAUGAGAACUUGGCCCAUAUCAGUACGUGGGUCUACCAGACUGAGAUCCGUCUAGACGAGACCGAGAAACUUCCUGCAGCGGAGAGAGAGACGGUGGUGAAGGCUUUGCUGAGUGAGUUGGAGGCGAUGAGCGUGAGGGUGGAUGGUGCUCGUGAUCAGGCGGUGAUCCUGAUGACCAGCAGGGGGCCUGCCUGCAGAGAGCUGGUGGAGCCCAAACUGGCCGACCUCAACCGCAACUUCCACAAGGUGGCGCAGCACAUCAAAACCGCCCAGCGGUCCGUGGGUCUGGAGCCGGGUGAGGUGGACGUGCAGCAGCUGCAGCAGGAGGUGGUGGUACUGAAUAAAUCAGCAGCUCCGGUCUCCUUCUCUGAGCAGCAGGAGUUUGAGGAGGAGCUACAGGCAGCUCUCGGUGCACUGGAGCAUCAGGACCACACACAUGUACCUGAUGAUGACAAGCUGGAUGAGGAGAAGGCCCGUGUGGAGGAGAUGCUGAGGAGAGGAGAGGAGGUUCUGCUGUCAGUUCCUGAGGAGAACCGAGAGGAGAUACGUCUGAGACUGCAGCUGCUGCAGACCCGCUACAGGGAGAUCCACAUCCUCAGGACCCGUCGCGUUGUAGAAGUCACCCUAGACUCCUCCUCGUCCUCCCACUCUCUGGCUUCCUCCCUCCCUCUGGAAGAUAGGAAUCUGUCUGUCUCUCCAUCUGCGUAUCUGCUGGACGUUAACAAGGGUCUGCUGGCUAUGGCCGACAACGAGCUGCUGCUCAACUCCUCUGAGCUCAGCAGUGGACUGUAUGAGGAUUUCUCCAGCCAGGAGGACACACUGAGGAAUAUAAAGGAUAGUUUGGAGCGUCUGGGGGAGCAGGUGACUCUGUUAAAUGAACGUCAGCCUGAUGUGAUCCAGGAUGCUUCUAGACAGGAGGUGGUGCAGAUAGGUGAUGCUCUGACUCAGCUCAACGCUGAAUGGGACAGAGUCAACCGCAUGUUCAACCAGCGCAAAGGAUCAUUUGAUCGUGCGGUUGAAGAGUGGAGGCAGUUUCACUGUGACAUGAAUGACCUGUCUCAGUGGCUCACCGACACAGAGCAGGUUCUAGCUGAUGGAACUGGACCUGAUGGAGAACUAGAUCUGGAACAAGCCCGUGCUCAACAAGAGGAACUAGAAGAAGGCCUGGCUAAUCACCAGUCUGUGCUGGCUAUACUUUCCCGGUCAGGAGAGAGAAUCAUUGGUCAGCUCUCAUCUCCAGAUGGACCUCUGCUCCAAAACAAGCUGGACAACCUCUCACAGCGCUGGAGAAUCAUACACACUCAGCUCUCUGACCGUCGCCGCAGGUUGACGGUUGGGGACCCUGCUGUUUUAGAAGUGGUUCAGCGCAGUGCUGAUCUGGCGCACUGGCUGGAGCAGACUGAGGUUGCAGUGGCCACUCUGCCCGUGUCUGCAACUGACAAGAACCUCCAAGAACUGAAGGCCCUGGCAGAGGAGAUGGAUUUGCAGAACGAGAGUCUGACUUGGCUGAACAGGAACGGGACUCAGAUUCUAGCUAAAUCCAACCUGACUUCUCAUGAAAGAGAUGUGCACACGUCCAAUCUGCGUCAGAUCAACAUGAAUUGGAGCAAGGUGACUCGGGAGCUAUUGGAUAAGGUUGGUGAGGUGGAGUCCAGGCUGCAGUCUGACGGUCAGUUUCAGGAAAGAAUGACUCGACUGGGUGACUGGUUGUAUCUCACUCAUCAGUCUCUGAGUGGACGAGGAGCGAACACUCCCCUCUCAGCCUCUGAAGCUCAGGCUCUGGAGACGUCUAUGAGGGAGCGGAAGAGAGAGCUGGAGGAGCUUCUCGCUCGUUCCAUUGAGCUUCAGAGGAGACAGCUGCUUCUGCCUCAGGAAAAGAGUAAAAUAGAGCAGUUGGCAGCAGACUGGAAGGUUCUCGAUGUCCGACUGAAAGAGACUGCACAAGUUCCUCUGUCACCAUGGACACACCAGGUCACCCAGCAACAACUCGUAGCAACAGCAUCACCAGUGUUGUCGGAUGUCCAGAGGUCAGUCCUGCUCUCAGAAGCCCCCCUCAGUGCGGACAGUGUGAGUGACCGGGCCACAGAGCUGGCCGACUGGCUGCAGCUCAUCCAGCAGAUGCUCAAAUCCAGUAUAGUCACUGUGGGAGACACUGAUGAGAUACGCACCACUAUCAGUCGACUGGAGGUUACUAAAGCAGAUCUAGAGCAGAGGCAUCCUCAGCUGGAGGAUAUUUUCACUCUGGCUCAGAACAUCAAGAACAAAACCUCAGAUCUGGACGUGCGCACCUCCAUCACUGAGAAAUUGGAGAAGGUCCGCAGCCAAUGGGACGCCACGCAGCACGGCGUGGAGGCACGACUCCUGCAGCUGGACCGCAUGAUCACCCACAGUGACCAGUGGGAGGACCAGAGGGGGCAGGUCAAUGCUCUGAUUGGUCAGAAUGAGGCACGUUUGCAUAACCUGCUGCAGAUGGGCCGAGACCCUCUUACCAAACAGAUUGGCGACAACAAGGCUUUCCUCCAAGACCUGAGCCGAGACCAGCUGACCGUGGCGACCUUUAACGAGCUGUGCAAUCAGCUUCUGGAGGACUAUUCAGCAGACGACACUCGCAGAGUCAAGGAGGUGAUGGACAAACACAUCACAGCCUGGAACUCCAUCAACAACAGGGCGUCGGAUCGUCAGGCGGUGCUGGACUCGGAGCUGAAGAGUCUGCAGGCGUCUCUCAGGGAGCUGGAGUCGUUCCUCAAGUGGCUGCAGGAGGCGGAGACGACUGUCAACGUUCUGGCCGAUGCCUCUCAGAGGGAGGGGAUUUCUCAGGACUCCGCCCACAUCCGGGAGCUUAAGGGUCAGCUACAGGAUAUCCAGGCGGAGAUCGAUGCUCAUAAUGACGUGUUUAAGAGUGUGGAGGGGAAUAAGGUGAGGAUGGUGAAGGCUCUGGGCAGUUCGGAGGAGGCCGUCUUCCUGCAGCAGAGACUGGACGACAUGAACCAGCGCUGGAACGAGCUCAAGGCCAAAUCGGCCAACAUACGGGCUCAUCUAGAGGCCAGUGCAGAGCGCUGGAGCAGGCUACUGUCCGUUUUGGAGGAGCUGUGGAGAUGGAUCUGCAUGAAGGACGAUGAGCUCACUAAGCAGAUGCCUAUUGGAGGAGAUGUGCCCACAUUACUGCAGCAACACAACCACUGCUCGGCCCUGAGGGCGGAGCUGAAGGAGAGGGAGCAUGUGGUGGUCAGCACUCUGGACCAGGCGCGCAUGUUUCUGGCCGAUCAGCCAAUUGAAGGCCCCGAAGAACCGCGGAAGAACUUGCAGCCAAAGACAGAGCUGUCUCCGGAGGAGAAGGCCCAGCGGGUGGCGAGGGCGAUCCGGAAGCAGGCGGCGGAGGUCCGGGAGCGCUGGGAGAGGCUGCUGGGGCACGUGGGCGGAUGGCACGAGCAGGUGGAGCGAGCGCUGGAGAAACUUCAGGACCUGCAGAGCGCCAUGGACCAGCUGGACCUUCACCUCACCCACCCUGAGGAAAUCAAAGCCCGCUGGCAGCCUGUAGGAGACCUCCUGAUUGACUCGCUGCAGGACCACAUCGAUAAGACCACCGCAUUCCGGGAGGAGGUGUCUCCUCUGAAGCAGGAGGUUACGGCGGUGAACUCGUUGGCGAGUGAACUGGCUCCUCUGGAUGUGCAGCUUUCAUCCACCAGCAGCAGACAGCUGGACAACCUCAACACACGCUGGAAUGCCCUGCAGGCUGCUAUAGAGGAGAGGCUGAAGCUCUUACAGGAAGCACACAGAGACUUUGGACCCUCAUCACAACACUUCCUCUCCACUUCAGUCCAGUUACCCUGGCAGAGAGCAGUAUCCCAGAAUAAAGUGCCCUACUAUAUCAAUCAUCAGACUCAGACGACGUGUUGGGAUCAUCCCAAAAUGACAGAGCUUUACCAGUCCCUCGCUGACCUGAACCACGUGCGCUUCUCUGCAUACCGAACAGCCAUGAAGAUCCGCCGACUCCAGAAGGCCCUCUGCUUGGAUCUGCUGGAUCUGAACGUGGCUCAGUCGAUGUUUCAGCAGCACAAGCUGAAUAAUAACUCCAGUCCGCUCUCAGUUCCUGAGGUUAUUAACUGUCUGACGUCAGUGUAUGAUGAUCUGGAGCAGGAGCAUAAAGACCUGGUGAACGUUCCUCUCUGUGUGGACAUGUGUCUCAACUGGCUCCUCAACGUCUACGACACGGGUCGCAGUGGGAAGAUCCGUGUGCUGUCCAUGAAGAUUGGGCUUCUCUCACUGUCUAAAGGACAUCUGGAGGAGAAGUACAAAUGUUUGUUUAAUCAGGUUGCCUCUGUGGGGGAAACGUGUGAUCAGAGGCAGUUGGGGCUGUUACUACAUGAUGCUAUCCAGAUCCCGCGGCAGCUUGGAGAAGUGGCAGCUUUCGGUGGCAGCAACAUCGAGCCCAGCGUCAGAAGCUGUUUCCAACAUGUGACCAAUAAGGUGGAGCUCGGGCCAGGGCAGUUUGUUGAUUGGAUGAGGCUAGAGCCGCAGUCCAUGGUUUGGCUCCCGGUGCUGCACAGAGUGGCGGCGGCAGAGACGGCCAAGCACCAGGCCAAGUGCAACAUCUGCAAAGAGUGCCCCAUCGUAGGCUUCAGGUAUCGUAGUCUGAAGCACUUUAACUAUGACGUGUGCCAGAGUUGUUUUUUCUCCGGCCGUACAGCAAAAGGCCACAAGCUCAACUACCCCAUGGUGGAGUACUGCACCCCGACCACCUCGGGCGAGGACAUGCGAGACUUCACCAAAGUGCUGAAGAACAAGUUCCGCUCCAAGAAGUACUUCGCAAAGCACCCGCGCCUGGGCUACCUGCCCGUCCAGACCGUUCUGGAGGGAGACAACAUGGAGACCCCGGUCACUCUGAUCAGCAUGUGCCCGGAGCAGUAUGAGCUCUCGCAGUCCCCUCAGUUCCCUCACGAUGACACACACUCAAGGAUUGAGCAGUACGCCAGCAGACUGGCUCAGAUGGAGCGUUCUAAUGGAUCUCUGCCUACUGACAGUAGCUCAGCUACAGGAAGCAUGGAUGAAGAGCACGCUCUGAUUUUGCAGUACUGUCAGACCCUGGGAAACGAGGGAGCGUACAGUCAGCCCCAAAGCCCCAUCCACCCACCCCGCUCCCCUGCUGUAAACCUGCCCAGCCCGGGGCAACUCCUGCAGAGCCCCGCCCAGAUCCUGCAGGCUGUAGAGAAGGAGGAGAGAGGAGAGCUGGAGAGAGUGAUCGCUCGCCUGGAGGAGGAGCAACGCUCUCUGCAGAGGGAGUACGAUGCUCUGCGGGAGCAGCACAGGCAGCGCAGUGUGGAGGGGGUGUGCGCUGGGCCGGAUGAGGCCGACCUGCUGGCGGAGGCUAAACUCCUGCGGCAGCACAAAGGACGCCUGGAGGCUCGCAUGCAGAUCCUGGAGGACCAUAACAAACAGCUGGAGUCCCAGCUCUACAGACUCAGACAGCUACUGCAUCCGCCUGAACUGGAUUCCAGAGUAAAUGGUGUUUCCUCCUCUGGCUCUCUCAGUCAGGAAGCAGAAGGUCACCCAGAACACACAGAUGAGUUACUGGAUCAGUCUCUUAACCCCAGCUCUGAUAUGACUGACCUUAUGGAGCAGAUUAAUAACAGCUUUCCUGCAUGUGCUCCUUCAAGCCUGUCCUCAAGACCACAGGUAAUGUGAGGACUGUUGCAAUCAAUCGAUGGACGACGCCCCUGACAAAGUGAGAAGCUUCCCAGAUGGGAUGAGGAACGUUCACCAUCAGUGGCGGUGUGGUGAAAUCCCCCCGGAUUGGUGGGAUUGUGGAGAUUCCAGCGUAGAUAGCUAGAGACGGUUAGCCCUCAGCCCAAAGAGCAGCACCACACCAUUCCCUUCUAUUACUUCUAUUCUACUCCAUCUGUCUGUACUAUGCAACUGUAAAUUUGAUGAACUUGUAGAUUGUACCUGAGGUGGGUUCUCCAGUGAUUUGUAUGAAUAUGCAGAUGAUAUAAUUUAGGGUAUUGGGGGCUUUGUACUGUAUAACCUGUCAAGCUUCUAUUUUUGUGCGCUCUCCAGGAACUGACCCGUUAUUUCUGAAUAUUAACCCGGUCUUAUCUUAGCUCUGUUCUGGUUAACUGCUCCAGAACUUCAGAACCUGGAUUUGUUAAGGCUUCUAUCUCUCAGACUUUGAUGGGUGCAAUGACAAUGACAGUGUUUUGAUGACCCCAGCCCCCAAACUUUAUGACAAGUGCAUGUCGCUCCCAGAACGUGUCCCUCUGGUCCAUUUCUCGUCUGUGUUUACAGCGCCGGUUUGCCGUAAACAGCCCGGUAGAGUAUAAUUGCAGUAUUGGUAUCAGUGCAAGCAGUAUCAAGCAUUUCUGCGCCCAAGCUGGUGUCCUAGAGUCAGCUACACCUUGUAGAACUACCGUACGUACCUAUAUGUAUGUGUUCCAGAACGCCCGAGACGUCGUAAAGCAUCAAAACAAGCCUGUGUGCCUAUACAGCAUCCAUUCCAGAGGGGGUGAUGAAGCAUGACGAGGAACAAUUUGAGUGUAAAAUAUAGAUAAAAAAAAUAUUAAAGAGAGAUCUUAAAAAUGAAAGAUUUAAGGAUUUAUGGGAAUGUUUGGCCCUGAGAUGAUUUAUCUUUGAGUAGAAUAGUUUUAUAAAUCUGUGUUUUAAAACAAAAAUCAGAAGAAAGCCAUGAUUGCCUUGCUACCUCAGACUCAACAGCACUCAUUCGCAUCUGUACUGUUGUUGUUUUAUCCAAUCAUAUCAUCAAUCACGUAUCGGCGUAAACCGCAGUGGAAUGUCCGUCUCAAAUCAUGGAAAGGAAUACUCCAGGAAUUUGCGACAUUUUGGAAAAGCACUUCACACACAGUUAUAAUAGAAACCAAUAGGCACAUUAUAUUACAGGAACGUUUCCCGUCAAUCCUGUCAAAAGUUCUGCAGUUAUCUCUAAUGUCUUAAGCAUCAUGAAUCAUGUCAAAAUGAUUGUCGAUAGGAAGCAACCCAAUGCAACAGAGAUUCACAUGCAGAUCAGGUUGUAAAACACUGGUGUACUCCUUUAAGCAUGAUCAGGGAAGAGAUUGUUUGAGAUUGAGAGAAACUGAAGCACCUGAAUGAGAAUUCUCGUAUAUAUCAGAAUAAAAUGCAGUCUUAGUUUCGUGAUUUGACGGUUGCCCUGGUGACCAUUCUCCUCGCUUUACUUUUCCAUGGAUCAGCCUGUCCGAUCGCUCACUUUUUUUUCUGUGUGGUGUUUUUUUGUGCUAUGCUAUCUCCAGUGCAGCGUUUAAGUUUUUAACACUACUAUAAACCCGUUCAGACCAAUGAGCUCGUACGUAUCGGACCAGUCUCCCAGAGCUGAGCUCCAGUCAACUUCUGCCUGGCCCUGUGAUUUAUGUGGUGGGAGGGGCUGAUCUGAGGUCAGUGUUUAGUACAUACUGGCCCUGAUGCUGAUUUUGUUAUUUUUAUUAUUAUUUUUUUUGGUGAUGUUUCACGUCCACUGAGCUGUGUGUUGUUCUUACCAGAGGUAGAUAGUGUAGACUGACCACACUACAUGUAAUAUGGUUUCAUGUUUUAUUCAAAAUAAAAUUUUUAUAACAAG